AUGGCCCUCACCAAUGAGAUGGCCCUCACCAAUGAGAUGGCCCUCACCAAUGAGAUGGCCCUCACCAAUGAGAUGGCCCUCACCAAUGAGAUGGCCCUCACCAAUGAGAUGGCCCUCACCAAUGAGAUGGCACUCACCAAUGAGAUGGCCCUCACCAAUGAGAUGGCCCUCACCAAUGAGAUGGCACUCACCAAUGAGAUGGCACUCACCAAUGAGAUGGCCCUCACCAAUGAGAUGGCCCUCACCAAUGAGAUGGCCCUCACCAAUGAGAUGGCCCUCACCAAUGAGAUGGCCCUCACCAAUGAGAUGGCCCUCACCAAUGAGAUGGUGCUAGUGGUGUGGGUGGCAAUGAACAUGCUGGCAGACACCUUUGCAGCCAUGGACAUCUUUCCCACCGAGGUGCAGCUGCUCCUUCUCUCAACCCCUCUCCCCUUCUGCCCUCUCAUCCCCUUGCAUCCUCAUCCCCUUGCAACCUCAUCCCCUUGCAACCUCAUCCCCUUGCACCCUCAUCCCCUUGCACCCUCAUCCCCCUUUGCAGCCACGGACAUCUCUCUCCUUGCACCAGCUGUUUCUCAACCCUCUCCCCCUUCUCCCUCUCCCUCCCAACCCCAGGUGUUCCCCCUACUGUUCAUCAUAAUUCUCAUCGUGUGGGUGACGAUGAACAUGCUGGCAGACACCUUUGCAGCCAUGGACAUUUUCCUUAUUGAGGUGCAGCUGCUCGCCAUGGUCGCCAACUUCAACCUCAACUUCCCCGCCUCCUGGGUCAAGACCGUCGUGCUGCUAUACAACAUCGCUGCGUUUGAUCCCGUGAGUUUUCCUGCCGUUGUCACUGACAUCAUCGGGCCAGAGUGCGUGUUCUCCCUGCAGUUCACGGGCAAAUUCUACGCCACCCUUCUCAUCCCCGUUAUAGGCCUCCUCAUUUACGCGCUCGUGUUUGCACACCACCGCUGGCUGGGCGGCUCAUUCUUCGUGCGCGUGCACUCGUGGCAGCGCAAGGAGCGCCAGCGGCAGCGCCUGGCGCUGCAGCGCUCUGUAACGAAGCGGCGGGCUUAUAACGAGUAUGAGAACUCAAUCGUGCACGCGUCGCUCAAGUGGCUCGACAUUUGCUACACUUCUGUGAUGGUCAAAGUGCUGGAAGUCUUCAAGUCCCAGGACAUCGGCACAGCUACAGUGAUGGCUGCAGCACCGCAGAUUGAGUGGCUGUCAUCAGCCCACGUGGGUAUGCUGGUUACCGCAGUGCUGGUUACGGUGGUGUACCUGGUGGGGCUGCCUCUGCUGUUCGCUGGGGUGUUGGUGGAUGCUCAUACGUGCGAUGUGCUCUCCUCUACGCUCUUCAAGCAGCGCUUUGGCUGGCUCACCGAGCGCUUCCGACCCAAAUUCUGGUGGUGA